CUUUGUUUAUUUUGGAAGCUACGCUAGUUUUGUCCGAAAUCCCAUUCGAUACAUGCGUUGCAGAUUACAUUGUGAAAAGCAUCUAUAACAUCGGACAAGGAAAGUAAUCGGACAAGGAAGCUUAACCCUUUUCGUGUCGAUGCUUUGUCUGUGAUUGACAGGUUUACCACUUUGGACAAAGUUCGGUGUCCCACUUGCAGCAAAUCAUUAAAAGCUCUCGACAUCCUUCUCACUCCGACCAAAAAGGAUACGGUUGACACCUUUCUAGCUCGUGCCGAUUCGCUUUUGCAGGCAAAAUGUAGCAAAUGCAAAGGCAACGUUUGCUUGGUCUGCGAACAGGCAGUCGUCGAGGCUACGGGAUCUUUAUUUGGAGCACACUCGCACUGUGCCGGCGCUCGUCUCAUCACUAUCUAUCAAGUCCUUCAAUUCGUCUAUUAUCAAAUGAAAAUCCGCACCGACAAGAGCGAAAAAUUCCUAGAACGAGAAAAGUUGAAACGUAAAAGGGAAACCACACAGUUCCGCGAGUCCUACGAGCUCUACACAUUACAAAAAGAUACAGGAACCGGAUAUGGAGGUCAAUGUUAUACCCGCGGCGGAAGGAAUUUAACGGCAAAGAUAUCGAAAGAACGGGAACACAUGGACGAACUCGCUUCUGCAUGCGUUACUGCAUUGAAAAACUUUCUCCCGAACUCUAAUCGUCAACCAGAACCUUACAUGUUCGAUUACCUUCCCGAUCCAGACUUACGUAAAGUCCUCACGGAAUCUUGCUUCCUUCCAUGGAUACUCGAGUACCUGCAAAAUGAUUCCUUGAUGGAUAUUGCCAACAGAAGCUCGCUCUACUUUAAUAUCAUUUCCCUACUCGAUCUCCUGUCAACCCACGAAUACCUGAUUCCUAUUCUUAUUCAGCGAUUUCCUGAACCGCAAAUAUCCGACUAUCAUGAACUUUGCGAAAACCGGAGAAAGAAGAUGAAAACAACUGAUAUGAAUGUCAAACCACAACAACAUUCGGUUCCUCAACCAACUGCCGUGAAAGAAUUGGACUAUACCGUCCCAUUGCUCGAUGCGCUAAAAACUCUUGUUCAACAAACAAAUGUGUUUUCUCAGAGCAUGAUGGUGACUCUUUCGGAUAAUAUAGGAGUGCAAGAGGGAGAAGAAAAUGGCGGUGCGCUGAAUGCGGAUCAAGAAGAGAUGAUGAAAGUCGUGACAUUGGCGACGGAUAUCAAUGAUCUUUGGAAGAAGAUAAAUGAUCGGAUUUCUUCUUUUCGACUUCUUCACAAGGGCGCAAACGAGAAAUUCGAUGAUCCAUCAAAAUUGGAUAGACCGUCGAAAUCGGAGGUGAAGAUGAAGGAUGAAACACCAAAAAAACCAAAGACAUAUGUCGAAUUGAUGAAACUUCGACUGUUGCAAUAUGCCGAAAUAUGGUCCGAUAGAAAUCCUGCGCCGAAAACCAUCGAUGGAACCCAAAUCCUCAAGUCCAAUCGCACCAUCUAUAUCGCAAAAGAAAUGGCAACUCUGUCUACAUCGCUACCAUGCAGCGAUUCGAGUGCUGUGUUUGUACGGAUCGACAACGACAACAUGAACAUUAUCAAGUGUGUUAUAACCGGUCCAACUGAAACGCCGUAUAGCUAUGGAUGCUUCGAGUUCAACAUCACUUUCCCGAAUAUGUACCCAGAUGUCCCUCCACAAGUCACACUGCUCACAACCGGUAACGGUUCCGUACGUUUCAAUCCUAAUCUGUACCAAUGUGGAAAAGUGUGUCUUUCGCUACUGGGGACAUGGAACGGAUCAGCUAGCGAAAGGUGGCAAACGGGGAAGAAUCAGUCGACGCUAUUGCAAGUUGUAACGUCGAUUCAAUCGAUGAUUUUGAUCGACACUCCUUACUACAACGAACCAAGUCAUGGAACACCGCAAAAAACGAGACUGCAGAAUAUUCAGUACAAUAGAGUUAUUAGGAGGAACUGUGUAAAGGAAGCGAUGAUUGGAAUUUUAAGGAAACCUCCUGUGGGGUUCGAGGAUGUAAUACGAGAUCAUUUCUACUUGAAGGAGACGGAAAUCAUGAAGCAAGUGAAAGAAUGGGCGGCGGAGGAUGAUCGCUGGGAUGGAACCCAUUAUAUCGAUGCGAUGGGCGCCACCCAUCAAAGUUUCCGAUCAUACGGGAUGAUGAGUGGUGCGGUGAGCGGCAUCCUUGGCCGAAUUGCUCCUUCAAAUUCUGGAAGCUGGGAAAAGUUGAUAGCGUCCUUGGAAGCAGUUUAUCCAGUAUCUCCCUCUAGGUAUGUAGAAGAGCAAAUCCGGGAAAAAUAAUGUGUACAAGACAGAGGAAAUGCGAUGGGUGUCGUGUUGAUAUUUGAUGUCUUAUUGGUGUAAUAUGAUGCCGUUGAUGCGAUAGAUUCGCUCCCCCUCGCGGACUCAAUAAGCAAUAGAUUCUACAUCACGAUUUGUC